GCAAGCCUUAAUAAUUAGGCCUUUAUCUGGUCUAAUGUGGGGUCACAUACCACAGAUGACUUUAAUGCAGACUAAAAACAGUAAAUAGCUAAUGAGCAAUGUGGUAUAGAGAAUAUAUUUUAUAUUCUCUAAGUGGCUGUAUUCAAGAGACGAGGAUCAUUGCUGUAUUAAACUAACCUAACGAAUGCCGUAAAUAUAAUGUGAUAGUUAACGCAUUACUUACUACAUACAGUAAGUAUGUAGUUGCAUGUGUUUCACGAGUGAGCAAGUUUUAAAGGUUUGCUUUUCUCAAUCACAUGCUUUUUCGGUGUGUUCGGACGUGUAUGGGGGGAGGGGGGGGGACCGCCGGGUUUCCUGCUGUUUUAAAAUCCAUCCAAAAAAAACCCCCAAACAAACCCAAAAACAAAACAACGCAUCUUUAGUCUGUUGUGAACACUGAAUAUUCUUUUAUUCAAAAGCUAUUGGAUCAUUUCCGUUUAUCGUCUGCCGUCAACUGGAUCGCGCAUUGUGCAUUUAUCUGAGGGAAGUUGCUAGAUUAUUCAGUUUCUUCACCGCAUAAAAAUUUCCCUCAAAAAUCAGUCAUUUUGACCAAACACUGCCGCUGUAUGCAGUCCAACUUGGGGUAGCUAGCUUGAUAAAUAACUAGCGACCCUUACAGCUCAGUCGUUGCUUAGAUAAGGGUCCAAAGUUCUUUUACGAAUUUAAGGUUAAAUUGUUUAGCAUGUAUUAAAUAUGUUUCGACCAAAAAUGAACAACAGUUUCUUCUUGAGCACCGUGUCCUUUCAAAACAGGCCCUGGCAUUCUGUCAGGGUGCAGAUGGAGUUAAGCUAACGUUAGCUUAACUUCCCUAGCGAGCGGUGCUUUCUUAGCAAGCCAGGGCUGACUCGGCUUGGCAAACUAGCCGGCAAAUAAUUCAGUAAAGCCAGGAAAAAUGCCAGACCGAUGUAGCUGUCCUAAAAUGUAGCUAUAGCCAGCUAUCCUCUGAAACACAAACAUGUUACAGCUAGCUGUAUAAACCAGCUAUGUUAGCUAGUUAGCUUACUAAAAACAUAAUAGCCCCCUAGCUAGGCUAGCUAUCUGUGCCAGCUGGCUGGGUGUCUUGUGGAAGUAGGCACGUUUGGCGUCGGGGCCGUUAGCACUAGUGAAUAUUCACACGUUCGUGUGAAAAAACGCCGUUAUUUUUGAAUCUUUAUUUCACCAUUCUUGACCCGUCUGUCCGGGGGGAGCAGUGUUCGGCUACACGAGCUAGCUAGGUUAGCUAGCGAACAGUAUCUUACACCCCUCACACCGAGACAGAAGAGGUACUUUCGAUGUUUUGUCUUUUUUUAGGAUCGGGGCUUGCAGGUGUUGGUCAGGUUGAGAAAUGACGACAUGUUUUAAUGUACAAGAGCAAUCUGCUCGUGGAAAUGUGCACAUUAUUCAACUCCACAAACACACACGUUUCACUCAAUGGCUAAUCACUACGGUGAAGGAGAACUACUUUGUGGAUGAAGCGCGUGUAAUCCCACCGAAUGCGCAAGGUAUGCACGCAUUCUCAAAGUGGACGAUAAUGCCAAAAAAGGAUGAAAUUAUCGUGUACUUUUGUCUGCUAUCACCAUGGACUAGCAAGGUUUUUCACUUUCUUUAGAUAGUUCAAAUUAAAUGCGAGUAAUUAUUAUAUUUGCAUUGUAAAGAGAACGUAUGUACCCAUUAUAAAGCUGAUGGUAGCGUCCACUAGAGUGACCGGGACAGCUUUCUUUUUGAUUGACACGGGAAUGUACCAACCAGGAUUGUCGUUUAGGGCCGUGAGGCUAUAAAAAACUUUUCAACCAAUGACGUUCUUGAGUGGGUGUAUCUCGAGGGGGACUGAAAACAAUCAGUGAAUUGUGGGAAAUGUAGGUUUAAGUCCGAACCGACUGGUACACGUGAAUGACGAAGUGGACUUCAAGUCCCAACAAGCAGGAAAAAUCGAGGACGAGCCGCAUGCGCCUUUUACGUGGGGGAGGUAAUAAAUUCACAAGCCACACGCCACUCCGUAGCAGAAGCGAGAAGGAGAUGACAGCGGCGUGAAGCACAUUCGGCACCGGCGAGAAAUCAAGCUGGUUGUAGAGGCACGGAAAGAGUUAACGUUUACAGUCUUAAGUAGCAUAACAACUGAAACGGUAGAUUUGAUAUAAACGGUGGGAGUGUACAGUUAUGGAGCUUAUUACAAGUGAUGCUAAGCCGGAGGCUGACAGCAGGGGGCGACAAAGAGACGAGAAGCAGAGUGUGAUCUCUGAGAAACAAGUGCAGCAGAGUCAGCUGGAGCUCUGUCCCGGACUCGUGUCUGGAGAUGCGCACCCGAUGUGCCGUGCUCGGGACAGGAGUGAUCCCGAACCCAAGGCCGGCGACGCCGCAAGUGACGAUGCGCUCCCCGCGGAGAAGGCGUCCGGUAACGAGCAGGACGAGAAGGAAACGCCGGGCAAAAAGCAGUCUGGCUGCACUGGCGCAAGUUCCGAGGGCCUGUCUGACGGCCGCCAGGGCAAGAAGAAACACCGGCGGCGACCCUCCAAAAAGAAGAGGCGCUGGAAGCCGUACUUCAAAUUAACUUGGGAAGAGAAGAAGGAGCUGGACGAGCGGGAGACCGAGCGGGCGUCGAGGGUGAGAGCCGAAAUGUUUGCCAAAGGUCUCCCCGUCGCCCCAUACAACACGACUCAGUUCUUGAUGGAAGAGCACGACCGGGAGGAGCCGGAUCUCAACACGGAGCUGUGCGGCCGGAGAUCCUUCGGGGCGAGCCGGUCGGAGGACACGGCGAGCGAGGAAGACCGUUUUGAGGCGGCGGAGGAGGAGGAGGAGGAGGAAGGCGGCGGCGGCGGCGGCAGCGAUGGCAUGGGCCGACCGGGCCACGCGGGCGGCGAGUUUCUGCAGAGGGACUUUUCCGAGACCUACGAAAGAUAUCACGUGGAGACGCUGCAGAAUAUGUCCAAGCAAGAACUGGUUAAAGAGUACCUGGAGCUGGAGAAGUGCAUGUCGCGGUUGGAGGAGGAGAACAACUGGCUACGCCACGUCCGGAGGAGCUCCGACGCCCCGGGCGACGGGGCACAGCGUGUGCGGGAACUGGAGUGCGAGGUGGAGAGACUGAGGGCUCUGAACAGCCAGCUGCUGUGCCGCCAUCACGCCGCCGGGGGGGCAGGACUGAACGGCUCCAGAGCAGGGCCUGACACGGGACACGCAGCUGGGGAGGGCGCCCAGUAAUGGACAUGCUCGCUCCCUGCUUUUACUGUCCGUUGCUCUGAUUCGUUGUCUUACUGUAAGCUACGGUAGUUAAUGUCAUGCUAUCUCACCCCCGACAUCAAAAGGUAAAUUUCCUUACUGCAGUUUUAAUAUUGAAAUAUGUGCGGUCCUGCAAAUUUAGUCCGUUCGCUGUAAUAUAGGUUAGUUUUUCCACUCCUAAUUGAAUUUUCAAAAAGAGAACACUUUGCUUUUUAGUUACGCAAGGAACAGAUGUUCAAUCUGCACGAGGAAACGUCACAUUGUGAUAAGUGACGAAUGUCUUGGACGAGCGAAAGGCAUUUGUAAGUUUACUAUAACCUACAUGCUGGAUGUUUGAACGCUUUUUCAGUACAGGAAACAAGCUUUUGGGUAUUUUCUGCUGGUGCAACUGAUAUUCUGCUUAAUGCAUGACCAAGGAAAGUAUGUAAUAAACUGUGUAAAACCGUUAUUGGCAUUUGUUUUCAUCCAAAUAUAUUGUGGAUUAAGUUAUUUUAAAGUCCAAUUGUUUAUUCGUGAUUUUAUAGUGGACAAUGUUUUUUUUUGUUUUGUUUUGGGUUUUUUAAAAUCUGGCUAAUUAUAUUAUUUUAACACUUAGGACCGCUUGUAAUAAAUCCUACUUUAACUUA